AAGAUUACACAUUCUUUGAUUUAUGGGAGCUACCUUCAACAUGGAUUCGAAAACUGUAUUAUUCGUCAUUUGUCUGCUAGGGAUGGUGGCACUAGUGCUGGGUGAAAACGACACAAGGCACGAUGUGGAAGUUAGGCCACAAUAUCGUCGGUUCAAGCGAAUGUACGUCAUGUGCCCGCCAAAGUUUAGUCGCAUCGGUAACGAGUGUUACUUCAUCUCGCCAAACAAACAAAACUGGCUCGAUGCGUACUUCGAGUGUAAGGACCACAACAGCAAGCUGGCCGAGCCGAUGAAGUACGAGGACAAGCAUCUUCGGAAGUAUCUGCAGAAAAUAAACCUGUCAGCAGACCUUUGGAUUGGCGGUACCUUCAACUGGAAGCUGAACAAAUGGCAAUGGGGUCACAAUGGGCGCGAGAUCGAGUACCAAUCGUUCAGCCAAAUGAUUCCUGGGAGCAGCAAGGAUUUGAAAUACAACUGUGCACUGCUACGGUCCGACCUUAAAUUCAGAUGGUCGGCCGAAGAGUGCACAAAGAAAAUUAAUUUCAUCUGCCAGCAUCGGAUGCCGCUAGUGUCUGCCUCCGGACGGUACAGCAUGUACGACAAGUGGAACAAGACCUAUCCCGACCAGAAGGCCAACGAGAAGAUGGUGUACAUCAUGAACGAACCCAACAAUCGAAAUAAUCGAAGUAAUUACGUCAAGCCACGCAUCUACAACAGCAUGAAGCGGGUAUUGCAAUCAAACCCUUCGAUUCAACCGCGCCCGGCACACCGUCGCAAUCAGUCUCCGGCCAGGAAGCGGGUGGACCCCACCGGUCCCUUCUACAUCCCGUCGGAUGUGGUCGGUCGCAAGCAACACCUCGCGCAGUAUGCACCGGACGCACCGAACGAUCUCAACACGAUCGAUAAUGGACAUCGGAACGGAUAUCACCACACGAUGUCACAGUUCAACGUUGACUUUAGCCCACGCAAUAGCAAAAAUCGUGAGGCGGGCAUAUCACGUGGUUACCGAUUGGGACACGGAUGGACGCGGGUAGACACUCAUCUACCACACCAACACCGCCAUCAACCGGGACUGCAUAGAACCACCAAGCGUACCCAUUACUUACCACCGACACGUCCCUUGACUACGCCGAGUACGACCAGUCCUACCACCACUACCACCACGACCACCACUACGACACCCGCACCGCAAACUACAGGCCGACCCACGCUAACCACUAGAUUCCCGAGCUAUCCGUCAGCAAUCACCAACAUCCUGAAGCAGCACACGACACACCCAAUGAGCACGGACGAAAAGAAGUCUAAGCGGGAUCGACUCCGCGAACGGCUACAGAAGCUAUCGUACGACGAGCAGCUACUCUUCUUCCAGGACCGAGCCAAGCGAAAGAAGCUGAAGGAACAACAGCAACUGCGCAAGCAACAGCGCGAAAAUGAAGUGGUCCAGUAA